AGAAGUGUUAGUAAUCAUUCCACACUUGGGAAUGUCACUUCUUGAAAUAGGAUGAGAAUAGGCUUUUAGGGAGUCUUGAUUAUAUUUUAGACUGGAUUUGGAAUUUGUUCGUAAAGAUGCAGUUUUAGUGACUUGCUUUUUCACAAUGGUUAUGAUAGACGCGAUCUAUAAUGCCACUACCUGAAUGUUAGCUUACAAUUUUUGACUGAGUAUUAAUUGGUGAAAACAUUUUAAAAAAAUCUUUACUGCAGCCACAAAUUUUAGAAUAACUAAAAUUAUACACUAAAAUACUUAAAACAAUUUUAAACGUAAAUAUGAAGUACUAUCUUCUUGUGAUUUUGAUAGUGAUAAGUGAGUGUCUUUCAAUUUGGAUCACUGAUUGUCCGAAUGUGAAAAAUCCUAUGAGUUUAGUGAGAAAAAGGAGGCAUCUAGUGUUUCCUGAAGGCAGUAAUGCAAUUUUGACGGCAUCCUUGGUGAAGGCCUUCAUGACCCACGCGCCUGCAGGCUGGAACAUAGCCCUGGAGAUAGACGUGUUGUUCCCGCUUCCAAACGCCAACUUCACCCGAGCACAUAGCCGGAGGAAGCUGCACCAUAGCCAGAAGAGAGAACUAUGGGAUCGCCUGAAGAAUUCUAUGAAUUUUUACAACUUCAAUGGGCAGGCGUGUAUUCUGAAGAGUAUAUGCGAGGCGAAAUUCCACCUGGCGUCUCCAGGGAAAUCAUUAGUCCAUGAUGUAUUAAGAGCGAUAUUUACGGCUCCAGUGUUUGAAGAAGCUUUCGAAGAAGAAAUACGAGGGUCAUACGACGAGAUUUUGGAUCCUGAAUUCUGUGAAAAGUUUACAGACUGUCCGGUGUCGCUUGUCAACUUUAUUUCGACGUAUAAUAAUACAAUGAUAAUAAAUGUAUAAACUGAAGUAGGUACCUACUGAUUGCUUUAAAUAAAUAAAUGAUUAGACUGCUGUAUAGCCAAAUAAUUUAGAAUAAAUUUCAAGAGUGAACAAUUAUAAUUACUUAUUUUAUAGUAGCAAAAUUUAGGUAUUAAGUAAGUUCAAAGAUAUGACAAAAAUAAAAUCACAUUUUUGUACUCGUCCAAACGCUCCAUACUAAAUUACACGAAAUGUUCGCAAGGAAAGCUAUGUUUGUUCGAUAGCUAUAUGAAAUAUCACGUUUAUGGUGAUGACUUCUUAA